GCAGUGCACGCGAUUAGCUUGAUCGAAUGGUUCUAUAACAUUUCCUUUUCUUUUUGAACUUCGAUCUCGUGGUUGCUGACGUCGGCGGGGUUCUAUUUUUACAGUGCAGUUCUGUUUUUAAUCGAUCCUUUCAUUUGCGUGGGGUUUGGUGUAUGAUUUGUACCCUUUUGGCAUUUUUUUCUUUAUUUUCGAGAGCGAUGGCUGAAGCACGCGAAAGGACAUUCAUUAUGGUCAAACCUGACGGAGUGCAAAGGGGCCUGGUUGGCAAAAUCAUCAAGAAAUUCGAACAGAAAGGAUUCAAGCUGGUCGCUCUCAAAUUCGUUUGGCCUUCUGAAGAGCUGCUGAAGCAACACUAUGCAGAUUUAGCUGGAAGGCCUUUUUUCCCUGGUUUAGUGAAAUACAUGAGCUCCGGACCAGUUGUGCCUAUGGUUUGGGAAGGUUUGGAUGUUGUAAAGACUGGCAGGGUUUUGCUAGGUGCUACCAACCCAGCCGACAGCGCGCCCGGCACUAUUCGUGGCGAUCUUUGUGUUCAAGUUGGGCGUAACAUCAUCCAUGGUUCUGACGCAGUGGAGUCAGCUAAAAAAGAGAUCGCUCUGUGGUUCAAUGAAAAGGAACUGGUAAACUGGAGACCAGCAACAGAACCGUGGGUGUACGAAGAUUAAUGUGCUCUUUAUAGCAAAAGCCUUCAACUUUGUCAUUUUUGUAAAGUGUAGGUCAAAAACAACUAUUAGGCUAGGUUGCAAAAUAUUUUGUAAAUUGGUUUAAUUUUGUUCACCCUUUUGUGACCCUGGUAAUAUCAGCUGCAUUAUUUUUACACUGCAAGAUUAUUAAAUUUCCUUUUUUUUGGUU